GAGAGACAAACUUGAACCUCGUUCUCUGGUCCGAGAUCAAAGGGAAAAAAGGUUGCUGUUCUUUAAAUACCUUCAUUUCCUCUCAUCCUCCUCUCUCUGAACUCGAUCAUCUUCUGUUGAGAAAUCCAGAAGGAAGUGCAGAUGCUAUGUAUGGAUGGAAAGAGAAGUUGUUGACUCGGGAAGAAAGGAAUAGAUGACGAGGAUUUCAUUUAUGAGCUAAAUUUGAAUUCUUGGGUUGAAAUUCAGAAAUUUGAGGUACAGUAAGAAAUGGAAGUAAAGCCGACAGUUGCCUUGAGAGCUAUGCUUGUAGGAGGGAUAGCUGCUUUUGCUAAAAUAGCUGGUGCAAUGAAGGCUGCUGGUGGUGCAAAGUUGGGGGCAGCAGCCGCUGCCAUGACAGCGGCAGCAAGUGCUGCCAUGUCAGGGUCCAAACAGGAUCCAAAGGAUGCUGCGACAGUGCCUCCAAAGUAACAUUUUUCUAAUUUUAUUAUCUUUGUUAGCUUGUAUGGUGGUGGUGUAUUUAGGACAGUUGACUUGGCAGUUCCUUGUGAGCUUUUUUUCCCGAUUGAGCCAUUGCCUACAUAUACUCUGUAAUUCAAAGCGAUAGUCUUAUGAAACAGUUAAAAUAAAAGAAAUAGCAUUGUUGUC